AUGGCAACACAAACAGAUAUUAUAGAGGACCUGAAUGAUCAUUCUAAUGCAAGAGAAAGCCGAAACGUUAUACACAUUCCUGGAGAAGCUGGAAUGAAGCUAAAAGGGUUCAUAGAAGGAGCACCAUUAGAAUGGAAAUUAGACACAGGAGCCAUCAAUACGUUCAUAACAGAAGAUGCCUAUUACAGCAUUCUUCCAGAACAACGACCAGUACUUGAGUUCGCAAAGAAGAGAUUUCAAGCUGCAGAUGGAAACAACUUGCGUGUUAUUGGAACAGCUAAAAUGUUGAUAUCAUUCAAUGGGUUUAGUGUGAUAUUUCGUGUAUUCGUUGGAGGUGUUAAAACAAAUUUACUUGGAUUGGAUUUUAUUACGAAGUUUAGAUGCCAGUGGAAUUUUGAUAACAAUUCGUGUGUCCUAAAUUGUGCAUCAGAUAUCAGUCUACAAGGAUCUCAUGUGUUUUCUGUAGAGGAUUGUGUAAUUCCGCCUCAUCAUGAAGCAAUUAUUAAAGCCAGAGGUUACUCAGGAAUAGGAGGAGGAGAGGGAAUAUUGGUGCCCUUGCAGAAUUUUGUACUUAGUCAUGGAUUAGCAGUUGCUCGUGUGGUUGUGAAUUUGGAUGCAAAAGGAAAUUGCAUAUUUCUACGAGUAUUUAAUCCAUUUGAGGAGGAAGUACGUGUAAAAGAGAAUACGGCCGUAGCAUUUAUUGAACCAGUGGAGUGUGUUUCAUCACCUGUCAACGUAACAGAAGACGUGUCUAGUGUGGAUGUUACAAAUAGGAAAUUGCCAGGUUUCCUUGAGCAAGUGUUCAUAGGAGGAUGUGAACAUUUAACUGAUGAGCAGACGAAGAAAUUCAAAGAAUUCCUCCUGAGUCGUGUAGAGGCUUUUGCAGAUCCGAGUAAACCAGCUGAGAGGGCGCGUGUUGGAGAACAUGUUAUUAAAUUAAAACAAGAAAUACCUUUUAAGGAAGCGGUACGAAGGGUUCCGAUCUUUAAACGUGAAGUGUUGGAUAAUGAGAUCACGAAACUGGAAGAACAAGGACUUAUUGAGAAGUCUGAAAGCCCGUGGUCAUCUCCCCUUGUUUUAGUACAGAAGAAAGAUAAGAGCUGA